GGCGGCACUGUUUAUUCGUACACGAUAGCUUGAGUAAAGUAGAUGAUCGCUCGCAAAAACACAAACGCAGUGAAGAGUGAGUUUGAUUCGAAACGAAACUGAUUGCAAGUGGAAGAUUUCCAACAGUUGAAAAAAAAAAAACGUUGUAAGUGAGAAAAAUUGGUGUGCAAAAUUGGAAGGUGAUUUGCUGCUGUGAAGCAAGUGAAAACGAACCGAUCAGACGAAAGUGGUGGAAAGCGCUCAAGAGAUUCCGGAAGGAAGUGAAGGCUGAUUUGAAUCGGUGAUCAGUGAUCAGCGAAGAAAUAACAUAAACAGCUGUGAACGUGGUCGAAGAAAAACGGUGCAACUCUUUUUUGGGGGGUUCAAAAAGUUUGAAGUUUGCCAACAAGCAAGUGCCAGAUUGUGUGAGCAAGAACAGUGCUCGGAGGUGAAAAUAUGGUUCGAAGUGCAGGAGUUGCUCUGGGGGUCGCCCUGAUGGCGAUGACCCUGCUGUCGCAGUGUUCCGGUUCCGCGAUCCCCAUGUGGGAAUUCCUGAGUCGGGGCGAAAAGAUGUCGCACCUGUACUCGAUGUUCGCCAAGCAAGUGUCCAGCUAUUGCAAGGGCUCGCAGGACAUGCCGACCAACAUGUGCAAGCGCAACCUCCUCAUGUACGGCAUCAACAAGCUGCAGGACAUGAACGAGUCGCAUCUGGACUCGAUGGAUCCGUACCAACGAGGCGCCCAUGAUAUAAUUUGGGACGCCAUGAUGGACGGCCACACCAAGAACGGCAAGAAGAAGAUUACGCAGACUACGGAAGGUCCGGCCCAGAUCGUCAGCGAAAGCCAGUACGAGCACAAUCCGCUGUUCGACGAACCGAAGCCACAAGCCGGUAGCAAACGCAAGCAGGACUCCCAGGUCGACAAAUUCGGCAUGGACUACGACUACAAUAAUGCUGCCACAGCUCAGGACCUGCAGUACGCCGAACCUCAGAACUAUCUGCCUCUGACCGGAGGCGCUGCCGGAUUCGACCUGUACCAGCGAUACCAGGGAGCUGCCUCAACCCAUUUCGACAAUCUGGCCCCGUACGAACAGAACACCAACUACCUGACCGGACCGAUGGUGGUGAUGGUACGACCUGAUGGCUCCGCCGUCGACGUUCCUCACCAGAAGGUCCUCCCCAAGGACGAUGACAUCAAGGAGAUGACCAUCGGCAAGGACAAGAUGCCCACUUUCCAGCAGAUCUACGACAGUCUCAAGCAGACUGAUGAAGUCCACGAUCAUCACACGGCUGCGUCGCCCACGACGGAAACUGCCGCUCCUGUACCCUCGGUUACCAGCUUCGUCAAGUCCUACCGGACCGAGUACAGGCCUCAGAACUAAGACCGCCCCCACAGGCAGCGGCAGCCCUUCAAACCCUUUGAUUGUGAUUUUACUUUAGUGUACUAAUACGACUACCUUUAACUCUAAAACAAAGCUACUACUAUCACUAGUACUAAUAAUCGAGGAGCUACGCAGGACUCAUGGUCACUCCAGCGACACUUUCUAGAAAGUUGUCGAAGUCACGCAAUAAUGUUUUAGUAGCGGUUAAGAGCGAAAGUCAAACAAGAUCGGACCCAGGUGAGCCGGUCUCAAGCUGUGGGCUGUGCCAAAGCUCGCCCUGGCCCGCCACAAAAGUCCGGGACCCCAGGAAGGAUCUCCGGCAGCCCAAGCUUCCCAAGAGACCGCGGCCCUCGGGGCUAGCACCGAUGUCUUACAUUCAUUAAUUCCUAAUAUAUUUAUAAAUCAUCGUCACUCAUUUUCAUUAUGUUAGUUUUGUUUUCUGUAUGCCAUUGAAAAUUCCGCUGGAUCAAGCUUACGGCUUGAGACCACGCGACCCCAUUUUGGCACAAUCCAAAAAAUUCGAAACCCUGGAGGAAGUGCCAUCAGAACACUCACGGACUGUAUGAGUCCUCGGCCCUUAUCAUAAAUGGAGACACAUACAGUGCCGUGUGUUAGUGAUUCGAACACUUCCUCGUAGAUAUCAAAAUUACCCCACUCGAAGUAUCCUUCGAGCCAAUGUGAUGAUCAAGAAAACACUAGAAUACAAUGAAAAUACUUUCCUAGCACGUAAGGCUUUGCUUUGUAAAUUAUUUGUUCUUCCGCUGUGUUUUUGUAAGCAAAAAACCACUGUAUUUAUGUAUAGUCUUAGUCGGAAAUGACAGCCAAUUUUAAGCAAAAUAAUUUUGUAUCAAAUUUUAGCGGACGAAACGGAAGUGAAGCGUGAUGUUAGUCGACAAUGCAACAAUCUAUCCACACAACAAAGAUCAAAACCUCUUAAACACACAAAUACACACAUAUAAUAAUACACAUUUUUCUCAGAAAUCGAGAACCAAAACCCCAGAACAAAAAACCGAAUCGAAUCUAACGCGCGUAGAAAUUUGGUACGAAAUCCAACGGUAUUCCAAAUUGUUUGGAGAGUUAAAGAAUUUAGUUGAGUAAGCGAUUUUAGCCGGUAAGGAAGCAAUAUCUCUCUUAGCUUGUAGGUUGACUUGAAUUGGUGAACUGUAGAAAAAGAAAAUUUCGUUUGAGCGGUGGGUGGUGCCACACACACGCACACAUACACGCUCGAUUUGAGGGUGGGGAACCCCUGAAACGAAGUAAGAACCAAGCAAAUGUGAUUUAAUGGAUAUAACCUUUUUCCCCACAAAUACACUUUUAGGCGUGUAAGAAAACGAGAGGAGAAUGAUAUUUUACUUGUAAAAGGAAAAACUUUUUUUUGUUGAAAUAUCAAAGUGAUGCAAAUAAAAUAAUAUAUUUCAAAAAUUAA